UCGGCGGCGGCGGCGCGAGCGUCUAUGUUACCGUCGUCGGCGCGUUGCGCUGACCCUCGGGCUCGAGUGCGCACAGCCGCGCCAAGCUGAUCGCGCGCACUCGUCUUCCUUCCCCCCUUUGCUCCGCGCUGCUCCUUGCUUCGCGCUGCAAACCGGCGCCCUUCGGCGACGGCGAGAGCUCGCGGAGAUGGCGGGAUUUCGCGCCAAGCGUAGUACGCGAGAUUCGGUUCGAUUCGAUUCGGUUCACCUCGCGCCUCAACGAAGAUCCCGCGAUCUUUCUCCCUCCCGCCGUGCCAACAAACUUACGGGCGCGUAUUAUCCGGCCUUCCCUUGCCGACACGUAACGGGGGAGAGUUUCUCCCCUAGAUGGAUUUCUGACGACAAGAAAUGUCGGCAGCACUGGCAAACGGCAGCGCCGCGGUUCUUUAAGGCGAGAAACUUGUCCCACGGAAUGAUAGUCGAAGGAGAAUCAUAGAUCUGUUCUUUUCUAGAUGCACUUUGUGUCGCACUGUCUGCACUCCGGCGAUAUGGUCUGAAAUGGCGAUAUACCGAGGCUGUGAGGGAGAGAAAGAGGGAAAGUGCGGUUAGUGCAGCUGAAAACGGACUUUACGCGAUGCUGUCGUCGUGUCAGCUGUGUGAGAGCAGAUUACCCUUUAAACUUUUAUUGUUAAAGGGAAAAGUGAAAGAGAGAAAAAGAGAGAGAGAGAGAGAGAGAGAAAGAGAGAGAAGGAGAGAAGUUCUAUUUAAUUAUGUCAGGAGAGGUUGGAUCGGCAAGACCGCUUGAGUGACUUGAAAAUAUUGAUGAAGACGUAAAAGGCUUUAAAGGAAACACAAAAUUGAUGGUGUUUACACAAUUGAUAAUCUUCCAGAGUUAUAUUAAAUUAUGUAGUAUUUCGAUAGUUUUGGCGGGCUUUCCUUUUAGUCUACAAAGUAUCGGCGAUAAUGAUAGAUAAAAUAUGUUUAUGUGACGGUCAGGAAGAGACGUACUUGAAAUACGUGUCCUUUUUAUGACCGAGGUCGACUUAUCGGAAAUUAUACAUCGUGUUGAUACCAUCAGAGUGAUGACACGUCCAAAUGCCACUCAACCAUACGGAUACGUCGACGUUUUAUGAUAAUUUUCGGCCAGUUGCUUUAGUGAAUUUACCUCAUUAGUUGAAUAGUGAUUGUUAUUGCUGAAAAUUCUCAUCUUGUAUUACUUAUUUUGGAAGAUAGAAAUAAUCUCAGUUAAAUAUUUCAUAGAGGAUACAUUUAAAUUGUGCAAACAUGUUGAAGGCAGUUAUCUUAAUUGGAGGACCAUUGAAAGGAACAAGGUUUAGGCCUCUUUCUCUGGACAUCCCAAAACCACUGUUCCCAGUGGCUGGGUUACCCAUGAUACAACAUCACAUUGAGGCAUAUACCAAAGUGCCUGGUCUCAAUGAAGUAUUGAUAAUCGGCGCUUAUCCCAAGAACGAUUUAUCUCAGUUUGUACAACAGAUGUCGAGUACCUAUGGCAUAGUUAUUAGAUACCUGCAGGAAUUUACUCCGCUUGGAACAGCAGGAGGCAUGUAUCACUUUCGUGAUCAGAUACGUUCGGGCAGUCCAUCAUGCUUUUUUAUAAUGAAUGGGGAUGUCUGUGCUGACUUUCCUCUAUUGGAAAUGGUGGAAUUUCAUAAGGACAAGCAGGCCCUGCUCACAAUCAUGGCUACAGAAGCAACUCGUCAGCAGUCCUUGAAUUACGGAUGUAUGGUUUUGGGCAAAGAAGGAGAAGUGGCGCAUUAUGUCGAAAAACCUUCCACAUUUGUAUCAGCCCUUAUCAACUGUGGAGUAUAUCUAGCCUCCCUAGAAAUCUUCCAAACAAUGGCGGAUGUCUUUCAUGCUAAUCAGCAGCAAGAUCUUAUAAUGCAGUCGUAUGGCAAUGGCAGAGAUCCAGCGCACAUUGCGUUCGAGCAGGACAUACUGACACGUUUGGCAGGAAGCGGUCGAUUGUUUGCUCUGCCUGUGCUCAGAUGGUGGUCGCAGGUGAAAACCGCAGGAUCUGCGAUAUAUGCCAAUCGACACUAUUUGGCACUCUACAAGCAGAAACAGCCAAACCAUUUGGCUUCGAUGAGCAAAGAUUCUUGUAACAUCAUAGGAGAUGUAUAUAUUCAUCCAUCAGCCACUGUACAUCCAACUUCCACGCUAGGUCCCAAUGUUAGUAUAGGUCCAAAUACAAUUAUUGAGCCUGGUGUGAGAAUCAGAGAAUCGAUUGUAUUGGCCAACACACACAUACAGGCUCAUUCUCUCAUCUUAUAUAGCAUCAUAGGAACAGGUACCAGUGUGGGUGAAUGGGCACGAGUCGAGGGGACUCCUUGUGAUCCAAAUCCUAACAAGCCGUUUGCGAAAAUGGAGAACUUACCAUUGUUUAAUGUCAACGGCAAACUCAAUCCUUCCAUCACGAUACUUGGCACCAGCGUGAGCUUGGCCGCGGAGAAAAUUCUGCUGAACUCGAUCGUUUUGCCGCAUAAGGAACUGACGAGAAACUAUAAAAACGAAAUUAUUCUCUAGCUGUCUAUGUGCAAUUAUUGGAACAUAUGAACGAUAUGGGUGUAGUAAGAGUGGAUUCGCACAAAUAUGAUCAAUCACUAAGUAUAUAUGCAAUAUAAUUUUAGAUUUUUACAUUGAUUUGUUACAACGUAUAUUUGAUAAUUUUGUAAUAUAUAAAGUCGACAUUUUUACAUCGUGUGCAUCAUGUUGCAACCAAAAAUUAUGUACAUAAGAACAAGGGUGCAGCAUAACUUCUCUAGGGUAUUGAGAAUUGUAUAUAUGCCACGUUUGUAUACGUAUGUACACCGUGGUUGCUAGCACGCAAUCUACAUGUGUGUGUGUGUGUGUGUGUGUGUGUGUCUGAAAGCAUACCAUCGCUGAUAUUUUCAUAAGUAUAUGAAUAAACCUUUUCAUUUAUUGGCUAA